AUGAUCCCUAGUGUCGAGCCUAAUGAUGAUAAAGAUUCAAAGCAAAAGGAAGAUUCAGAAAAAAGGAAUCAGGAAAUUCGUGCCAGUAUCCUAGCUCAAAUCCUUGACCAAGAUGCGAGAGCUCGUUUAAAUACUGUUGCCAUCACGAAACCAGAGAAAGCUAAAAUGGUUGAAAAUUUGCUCAUCAACAUGGCUCAAACUGGACGUAUUGCAUCAAAGCUGAAUGAAGAGCAGUUAAAACAGAUCCUCCUGCAGGUUUCUUCCGGCACACGGAAGUCCACCACAAUAAAGGUAGGAUAUUUCAAUUUCUAGUUUCGCGAUUUGCAUUUACUUAGUUCGAUCGUCGUCGUGCAGCUAUCGAUUCAGACGAGGAUUCACUCUAACGCAAGAUGAAAAGCAGGAGAUUUUAUGCAGAUCCAUUUAUUUGUAAUUGAAAAAUUCAUACCAUUGUAAAAUAAUGAUAAAUUGACUUGCACUUGUUUUUCUAAAUUCUCUUUGUAAGCUGUAUAUUCUCCACAAUUUAAGUUUUAUACUCCUGUGAUUGCGAAAGUAUAACAAUUAGCACCUAGUCAAAUUACUGAAUAUUUUUCAGAUACUCAAACGCUUUUAUUAGUCAACAUCACGUCACAACAGUUAAUUUAUAAUUGUACCAUUAGACUAUUAGCUUCCUAGUUUCAUACUUAUUUAAAAUGAAUUUUGGAGCUAUGUGAAAGAUGCAACUGGUGAUAAUACUCGCAAAUGUUAAGUUUCCAUGUUUACAUUAAACUUUUUUAUAAAAUGUUCGAUUGGACACUUUGUUUGUUCUUUAUAGGCAUUACUGUAACGGAUAAUUCACUAAUUG